UUACAGCUCUUUUAGAAUUUGUCUAGUAGGUCUUCUGGUCUUUUCCGGAAGGCCCCCGCAUACCGUUGUCAACGACAGAGACAUUGAGGUUUCACUGUGGCGGGUUUCCCAAAGUGUUUUCGUUCCCGGGGAGUCCGGGUUGGAAAGCGAGGACUACGCCGACAGGCUUCCGGUUUUGGCUGAUGUGCUUCCCUUCUGAUGCCCGCCCGGUCUCAGGGCCGCGCUAGGAGACGGCUCUUUCCUUGUGAACGCUCCCUUGGUUCCGCCGCACGUGCGUGUUUUGUUGCUGUAUGGCGUCCUCCUCGGCCCAACCUGCGGCCCUGAGCGCCGAACAGGCCAAGGUGGUCCUGGCCGAGGUGAUCCAGGCGUUCUCGGCCCCAGAGAAUGCCGUGCGCAUGGACGAGGCUCGGGACAACGCAUGCAACGACAUGGGCAAGAUGCUGCAAUUUGUGCUGCCCGUGGCCACGCAGAUUCAGCAGGAGGUUAUCAAAGCCUAUGGCUUCAGCUGCGACGGGGAAGGUGUCCUCAAGUUUGCCCGCUUGGUCAAAUCUUACGAAGCUCAGGAUCCUGAGAUUGCCAGCCUGUCAGGCAAGCUGAAGGCACUGUUCCUGCCGCCUAUGACACUGCCGCCCCACGGGCCUGCUUCAGGCGGCAGCGUGGCCGCCUCCUGAGGCGUGGCCCUCCCCUGUGACACUACCUGGGAAGGGAACAUGUUGGUGUUCCAGAGGAUAAUAAACGUGCCUGUGACUUA